AUGUUAAUUUCUGGGCCUCAACAACCGGGAAAUGAUAUAGACAUAUACUUAUCUCCUUUAAUUGAAGAUCUGAAGAAAUUAUGGGAGGUAGGGGUGGAGGUGUUUGAUGGGUCAAGGGAAGAAACUUUCAGGUUGAGGGCAAUGUUGUUUGGUACGAUCAAUGAUUUUCCGGCAUAUGGCAACUUGUCGGGAUAUAGUGUAAAAGGAAAACUUGCAUGCCCUAUAUGUGAAGAGGAUACAACUUCAAUGCGAUUAGAACAUUGUAAGAAGAAUGUUUUCCUCGGGCAUCGUAGAUUCUUGCGAACAACACAUCGUUAUCGGAGGUGGACAAAAGCUUUCAAUGGUAAAAAAGAAGAAGGUAGAGCUAGAAAGCCAUUGAAGGGUAGUGAUCUGUUUGCCAAGGUGAAGAACGUGAAGUGUAAAUUUGGUAAGACUUUCAAAAAACAGAUUCCUAAAUGUGGAUGGAAGAAAAAGUCAAUUUUCUUUGAGGUUCCAUAUUGGGAGUCACUUCAUGUGAGACAUUUUCUUGAUGUGAUGCAUAUUGAGAAGAAUGUUUUUGAAAGUGUUAUUGUGCGAGAUGCCAUUACAAGAUUGUGUCUCUUCUUCAAGGAAAUUUGCAGCAAAGUGAUUGACCCUUCUAAGUUAUCAGCAUUGCAAAGACAAAUUGCUACAACUUUGUGUGAUCUUGAGAUGUACUUUCCACCUUCAUUUUUCGACAUAAUGGUUCAUCUAACCAUUCACUUGGUGAAAGAGAUACAAAUGUGCGGGCCAACUUAUAUGAGAUGGAUGUACCCUUUUGAGCGUUAUAUGAAGGUUUUAAAAGGUUAUGUAAAAAACCGAAGCAGACCUGAGGGGUGUAUGGUUGAACGGUAUGUAGUCGAAGAAGCUAUUGAAUUUUGUACCGAAUACCUGUCCAAUGUUGAACCUAUAGGGCUUCCGAAGUCUCAUCACAUACGAAGUAUAGAAGGGGAAGGGCUCUUUAAAAGCGAGAUAUUAACAAUACAAGCCAAAGAAUGGCAACAAGCACACUUAUAUGUUUUGCACAAUGCAGCUGAAGUUGUUCCAUAUGUUGACAAGCACAAGGAAGUGAUUAAGGGGUUGAACCUCAAUAGGUCUGAUAAUUGGUUAGCAAAGGAGCACAAUCGGACUUUUAUAAAAUGGCUCGAGAAUCAUGUUUAUAAGGAGUGGCAAGAAGAUCCUACCUCGGUUUCAAAGAGGUUGAAAUGGUUGUCGAGGGGUCCAAGUAUACAUGUCUUUUCUUUCAACGGCUAUGUAAUUAAUGGUUAUACAUUUUAUACAGAAGCCCAAGAUGAUCGGAGUACAAUCCAAAACAGUGGGGUGACUCUUGUUGCUAGAUCUAUGCAUGUCUCUAGCGCCAACGAUAGGAACCCUAUAUAUGCAGACAUGUCAUACUUUGGGGUAAUUCAACACAUAUGGGAGCUAGAUUACACAACAUUCCGGGUUCCUGUGUUCGGUUGUAGGUGGGUUGACAAUAAUGCCGGUGUACAAAUUGAUGAUUCAGGGUUCAUUCAGGUUGACUUUAAAAGGGUGGGGUUCAAAGAUGAUCCUUUUAUUUUGGCCUCUCAAGCAGAGCAAAUAUUCUAUGUCCCUGAUCCUGCUGACAGUAAAAGGUCCAUUGUUUUAUUAUCAAAUAAAAUAAAUGUCAACAACGAUGAUGGACAAUACAUUCAGGAAGAUAAUGCUAUUGAAGAUGACCCUUUCUUGGGGAUAUCACAACCAGUUGACACUGAUUCAGAUGAAGAUGAUAGUUACUAUGUUAGAGAUGAUCAUGAUGAGGGAAUUUGGAUGAAUAUAGCCUUCCAUAAUAAAAUUGAAAACACACGUAUGCGCAUAUUGAAAAAAAGGAAAAGAACUACUAAAACAAGUUAA